CAUGCUGCAGGUCACUAGUUGGCAUGUGCGAUCACACGACGCGAUAAAGAAGGACGUCGGGAAACGGAUGGACCAUGAAGCCACGCGCACGAAUUAUCAUCAUCCCUCGCCGCCGCCCCUCUUGGAACGAUGACUGAUGCCAUACGGAGAAGGAUCAGACACACUCGGCGAUGCUCUGGAUCAGCAAACACAGGCAGGAAGCGAUAGCUGGGUGCACGCCCUUCCCGGUGAGUGAAGGGUUUGGUUGCUUACCCUCUGUUAUCUGGCGAGGAGUGUGGUCUGACGGGUUCUGAGAAGAAGCUGCCAAUCCACCGAGUAGCAUCCAACACCACAUCUGCACACACACACACACACACAGGCCAGACGGCAGGCACAAUGGAAAAGUGCAAGAAACACCGUGAGUGAGGCUCUCUCUUCCCUCACUUGGCUCAUCUAUCUCGACGACGAUGGGGUGCUCAGGCGUUCCCCCCUCCCUGCCAAACAGGUCCUUGACGAGGGGGUUGGGGAUGAUGCCCUGCUGCAGCGACUCCACCCACAGGCGCACUGAUACCUGAACCCCGGCGGCAUUCUCCAGUAGCUUCUCUCGAAGACCACGUGUGGGAGAGCUGCGUGAGCCUUGGCGUAUUGGAUCGCAGCCACGGUGAAGUCGAACAGCUUGGUGUUGUCCUUGUACGACACCGUGAAGGGACGGACCAAGACGAACUUCUCAAGGUGCCUGCUCUUCUGCUGAACCUCCACCCACUUGCGGUGCUCCAUUGCUUCACUCGUUCUUGGGGGAGAUCUGCUUUCCAGCGGCUGAUGGGAUGAGGGGGUCCAAC